AUGAGGGUAGUAGAAGUUGUGACAUUUAGGGACCUGCUUAAUUUUAUCCUAUUCCUGAACACAGUACGAGUCCUAGCAACAAAAAUUUGGGAGUCAAAUGCGGUUGGAUAUGAUGCAAGGAAACAAUACAGAAAGUUAGCAAAGUCUACACUUGUACUUGUCCUGGUAUUUGGUGUCCACUACAUUGUGUUUGUGUGCUUACCCCACACAUUUACUGGUUUAGCCUGGGAGAUUCGGAUGCACUUUGAACUGUUCUUCAACUCAUUUCAGGGUUUCUUCGUAUCAAUAAUCUAUUGUUACUGCAAUGGAGAGGUGCAGACAGAAAUUAAGAAAACAUGGACCAGAUGGAACCUUGCUUUUGAUUGGAAAAGCACAACACACUGUGGGAACUUCAGGUAUGGCUCUGUCUUGACAAAUAUGACCCACAGCACUAGCAGCCAGUCACAUAUGGUAACCAGUUCGCGUAUGGUGUUAAUCUCCAGCAAAGUCAAUCGAAGUGUCAGCAAACAAGCUGAUGGACAUGUGAACUUGCCUGGGUACGUUAGAAGUAAUUCAGAUCAAGACUGCUUACCACAGUGGAUUCAGGAAGAAGCCAAUGAGGAGGAAGAAAAGCAAGUUGAUGAUAUAUCCUUGAAAGAAACAUUAAGACCGCGAAGGCAAAUGAGUACAGAAGUUAGCAACAGAAAUGAAAUAGAAGAAACAAUGUAA